UGUCGGGCGGAAGUGGGCGAAGCGGAGAGGGAAAACAGCCCUCCUUUCCGGUAUAGGGACACAGUUGAAGAAGCAACGAAGGAACGAGGAGUCGUUUGUAAGGGGCAGAUCAGCUCUGAGGGCCCGUCCACCCUGUGGACUCCCUCCACCACAGCCCUGCGACUGUCCCGUCCUUCCCUCAGGAUGACACGGCACGGCAAGAACUGUACGGCAGGAGCCGUCUACACCUAUCACGAGAAGAAGAAGGACACAGCGGCCUCAGGCUACGGGACCCAGAACAUUCGACUGAGCCGGGAUGCCGUCAAGGACUUCGAUUGCUGCUGCCUCUCUCUGCAGCCCUGCCAUGACCCUGUCGUCACCCCGGAUGGCUACCUGUAUGAGCGGGAGGCAAUCCUCGAGUACAUUUUGUACCAGAAGAAGGAGAUCGCCAGGCAGAUGAAGGCCUAUGAGAAGCAGCGGGGUGCCCGGCGUGAGGAACAGAAAGAGCUGCAGCGGGCUGCAGCCCAGGACCAGGUGCGGGGCUUCCUGGAGAAGGAGGCAGCCAUCGUGAGCCGGCCCCUCAACCCCUUCACGCCCAAGGCCGCCUCCGGGAACAGCCCAGAUGAUGCCCGACCUGGGUCCAGCGCAGGCCCCACGGGCAAGGACAAGGACAAAGCGCUGCCCAGCUUCUGGAUCCCGUCGCUGACCCCCGAGGCCAAGGCCACCAAGCUGGAGAAGCCUUCGCGCACCGUGACCUGCCCUAUGUCCGGGAAGCCACUGCGCAUGUCGGACCUGACCCCCGUGCGCUUCACGCCACUCGACAGCUCCGUGGACCGCGUGGGGCUCAUCACACGCAGUGAGCGCUACGUGUGCGCUGUGACCCGCGACAGCCUGAGCAACGCCACGCCUUGCGCAGUGCUGCGGCCCUCUGGGGCUGUGGUCACCCUGGAGUGCGUGGAGAAGCUGAUUCGGAAAGACAUGGUAGACCCCGUGAACGGGGAGAAGCUGACGGACCGCGACAUCAUCGUGCUGCAGCGGGGCGGCACAGGCUUCGCGGGCUCGGGAGUGAAGCUGCAGGCUGAGAAGUCGAGGCCGGUGAUGCAGGCCUGAAUGCACAGGAGACCAAAUAAACGGGCUUGGACUCACUGGCCUUGUGGUGCCUUCAUUGGCCACGCUGGAGCCCUGGGCCCCCAGUCAGCCCUCCAGCGUGUGCCUGCUGCGGAGCCCGGAGCCCGGAAUCAAAGGCGCGGGCGAAUUAUGUUAAAGGUGGUCUGACGUUAGGAAUAAAAUCUGAACUGAACGCA